AUAUAUGUUAUAAUCUGUUCUUCCUUGCAAAAGAGAAGGCACCAUGAAAAAAUCAAAGGCAGGCUUUGUCAGGCUUCUUAUUUGCUCAAUCUCUCUUUCCUUUAUAAGUAGAGCAGCUGCACUAGAUAUUAUUACUCCAGGUCAAUCUAUGGGAGAUGGAGAAACCCUAGUUUCAUCAGAUGGAAGCUUUGAGCUUGGUUUUUUCAGACCUGGAAAUUCGAAGAGUCUGUUUUUGGGAAUAUGGUACAAGCAAGUAGCAAAUGGAACAGUUGUCUGGGUGGCUAACAGAGAAAAUCCAAUAUCUGAUGGUGAAGGCGUUCUAGUUCUUGACUCAAAGGGAACUCUUGCUUUGAAUAGUACAAAGGGGUUUUUGCCAAAAUCUCUUCUAGAUUGGAACUCAGGAGUUUGGUCUUCUGGCUGUGUUAGAGAAACUCCCUUGCAUUGUAAUGAAGAUGGGUUUUUCAAGCUUACAAGGUUGAAAUUGCCAGAUACAUCUAAUGCCACAGCAAACAUGACAAUGAACCUCAAGGAAUGUGAGGAAAUACCUUCCGGAUGCAGGGCAAGAUCUCUAUACCGGCUAGCAGCUUCGGAAAUAGCUCGCCUUAUGCAAAGAAAAAAUUCAAGGGAGAAGAAGCAUGCAAUAAUCAUAGCAAGCUCUGUCAUAAUAGGUGCAGUGCUUCUACUAUUAGGAAUUCUUCUAUAUUUAAGGACGAUUAAACUCAGAAGAGAAGGGCUUAAACAAAUGCGUUUAAGAAAGGAUUACAUGAAUGAUGGAGAAAAGGAAGAGAUGGAGUUGCAGAUGUUUGAUUUGACCACCAUAGCUAGUGCUACAAGUAAUUUUUCAAGCAAUAACAAGCUAGGAGAGGGUGGCUUUGGACCUGUGUACAAGGGUAAAUUGCUAGAAGGAAAAGACAUAGCAGUGAAGAGAUUAUCAAGGAAUUCUGGACAAGGGCUUCAAGAGUUCAAGAAUGAAGUCAUUUUGAUUGCAAGACUUCAGCACCGAAAUCUUGUAAAGCUUCUUGGUUGUUGCAUUGAGGGAGAUGAAAGAAUGUUGAUAUAUGAGUUCAUGCCAAAUAAAAGUUUGGACUACUUUAUUUUCGAUCGAACGAGGAGCAAACUACUAGACUGGGAAAAGCGCGCCCAUAUCAUUAGUGGAAUUGCUCGAGGACUUCUUUAUCUCCAUCAAGAUUCUAGAUUGAGGAUCAUUCAUAGAGAUCUCAAAGCUGCCAAUGUUUUACUAGAUAGUGAAAUGAACCCAAAAAUCUCAGAUUUUGGCAUGGCCAGAUCAUUUUGGGGAGAACAAACUGAAGCCAACACAAGGAAAGUGGUGGGAACAUAUGGUUAUAUGUCCCCUGAGUAUGUUGUGGAUGGACUUUUCUCAGUUAAAUCUGAUGUUUUUAGCUUUGGAGUCUUGCUACUUGAGGUAGUAACUGGGAAGAAGAACAGGGGAUUUUGGCACCCAGAUCAUCACCAUAAUCUUCUUGGACAUGCAUGGAGAUUAUGGAUAGAAGGGAGGCCAAUGGAGCUAAUUGACAGUGUGCUUGGUGAUUUUUGUGCUCCAUCUGAGGUGCUGAGAUGCAUUCAUGUUGGGCUAUUAUGUGUUCAGCACAGACCAGAAGAUAGACCAAACAUGGCCACUGUGGUGCUGAUGUUGGGAGGUGAGAGUGCUUUGCCUCAACCAAAGCAGCCUGGCUUUUUCACAGAAAGGAGUCUGCCUGAAGCUGAUUCUACAGGAAGUCAGCACGGAUCAUCUUCAAAAAAUGAGUGCACUAUUACGUUGUUAGAGGCAAGAUAGUGAAAAAUAAGGUAACGGGAAAUUGUAGUCAUUUGUCAUGGUGAUGAUUUUCUCAGAUCAAGUUUUCCAGCCAAGAACCAGGAUGAUCUUUCACCUUCAGUGGCAUUUGCAAUUGUGGAUCUUGGCAUUAAUGAGAUAAGAAAUGUAUUUUAUAGUG